GUUUCCAGGACCAUACAUGCUUCAGCAAAGAAGGCAUUGAUGGUCAUAAACUGCUGUCUCUAAUGGCGUACGUGUGCUAUCACUCUCCUUUCAGGGGGAGUUAAGUUUCCAGGACCAUACAUGGAAGACAAUCUCUUCAUCAGCCAAAGAACUGAUGUCCAGUCUUCUCUCUGUUGAGCCUUACAAGAGGCCAACAGCAAGUGACCUGUUGGGGCAUCCUUGGGUGAUAGGGGACUACGCGAAGCAGGACCUCAUGGACGCGGAGGUCGUGACGAAGCUGCAGAGGUUCAACGCCAGAAGGAAGCUGCGGGCGGCGGCGAUCGCCAGCGCGCUCAGCAGCAAGGUGGCGCUGCGGACGAAGCGGCUGAUGAACCUGCUGGGACGGCAUGACCUGAGCUCCGAGGAGCUCGACAACCUGCGGGCUCACUUUGCACGGAUAUGCGCCGACGGCGAGAACGCGACGCUGGCGGAGUUCGAGCAGGUGCUGAGGGCGAUGAGGCUGGAGGCGCUGGUCCCGCUGGCGCCGCGCGUGUUCGACCUGUUCGACAACAACCGCGACGGCACGGUGGACAUGAGGGAGAUCCUGUGCGGGCUGUCCAGCCUCCGCAACUCCCGCGGCGACGACGCGCUCCGGCUCUGCUUCCAGAUGUACGACGCUGACCGCUCUGGGUGCAUAAGCAAGGACGAGCUGGCGUCGAUGCUGCGAGCGCUGCCCGAGGAGUGCCUUCCGGGCGACAUCACGGAGCCCGGGAAGCUGGACGAGGUGUUCGACGAGAUGGACGCCAACAGCGACGGCAAGGUGAGCUUCGACGAGUUCAAGGCGGCCAUGCAGAAGGACAACGCCCUCCAGGACGUCGUCCUCUCGUCCCUCCGGCCACCUCCGCCGCCAUAGCUAGACGGGGAGAGAGAUUCCAACUCGUUCAACUUCAUUCCCACGAGAACGCACCAUUGAUUAUAGUACCGUUCAAAUCAUUUAAUCAGUCUCCGGCCUGUGCCGUUGUCCGAUCCGGUCGGCUAGCUGUUGGAAACUCCGGGUCGUGGGAUAAUCUCGAUGGAUCCUGCUAGAUAUGAUGGUUGUGCUGUUGUGUGUUUCUGAAUCCUGCUAGAUUAGAUGGUUGUGUUGUUAUGGGUGGCGGCCACAGAUGUUUUUUUACCUAAGGCUUUAGCCAUUUUACAUUCUACUGAACAGGGUCAAGACAUAAUGUUGAUUAGAUGGAUAAUUAUAUAUUUUGCAAAUGUAA